ACACACACACACACACCGCACAAACACACACUCGCACACGCCCGCGCCACGCGCUGAACCGCUCUCUCUCCCACGCAGGCGGAAUGCAGCAGCGCCCGGGGAGCUUGUCUGCAGCCGCUGCCUGAAUGCACCUCGCUGCCCGGAGCCAGGCCGCCCAAUAGGGCGCAAGGCAGGAAGCUUGGCCGCCAAAGCCUGGACAGUCGCAGACGGAGUAGUGUCACCACAUGGUUUGAGACAUGGCUGUAGGAAACAACACUCAACGCAGUUACUCCAUCAUUCCGUGUUUUAUAUUUGUUGAGCUUGUCAUCAUGGCCGGGACGGUGUUGCUUGCCUACUACUUCGAAUGCACUGACACUUUUCAGGUGCAUAUCCAAGGGUUCUUCUGUCAGGAUGGAGACUUAAUGAAGCCUUACCCCGGGACGGAGGAGGAGAGCUUUAUCACCCCUCUGGUGCUCUAUUGCGUCCUGGCUGCCACCCCAACUGCUAUUAUUUUUAUUGGUGAAAUAUCCAUGUAUUUCAUAAAGUCAACAAGGGAAUCCCUGAUUGCUGAGGAGAAAACAAUCCUAACAGGAGAAUGCUGCUACCUGAACCCCUUACUCCGAAGGAUCAUUAGAUUCAUAGGUGUAUUUGCAUUUGGACUUUUUGCUACUGACAUUUUUGUAAACGCCGGGCAAGUGGUCACUGGCCACCUAACACCGUACUUCCUGACAGUGUGCCAGCCAAACUACACCAGUACAGACUGCCGGGCACACCACCAGUUCAUCAGCAAUGGCAACAUCUGCACCGGGGACCUGGAAGUGAUAGAAAAGGCUCGGAGGUCCUUCCCCUCCAAACACGCUGCCCUGAGCAUUUACUCGGCCUUGUACGCCACGAUGUAUGUCACAAGCACAAUCAAGACAAAGAGCAGUCGGCUGGCCAAGCCAGUGCUGUGCUUGGGGACCCUCUGUACAGCCUUCCUGACAGGCCUCAACCGGGUCUCAGAGUACCGGAACCACUGUUCAGAUGUGAUUGCUGGCUUCAUCCUGGGCACCGCAGUGGCCCUGUUUCUGGGAAUGUGUGUGGUUCAUAACUUUAAAGGAACACAAGGCUCUCCUUCCAAACCCAAACCUGAGGAUCCCCGCGGAGUCCCCUUGAUGGCUUUCCCAAGGAUAGAAAGCCCUCUGGAAACCUUAAGUGCACAGGUAUAGUACAGCAACCGUAGCAAGCAAACCCAUGACUUUUGUAAGUUGUUUAUUUAAUCCUGAGGAAGUACUAAGUCUUGUUCAAAUUAAACCUGAGCAGCUUUAGGGCACUAUGGCCUCUAAUGUGCGAUCAACAUUCAUGAAAUUUGAACUCCUCAUAUGAGAAGCCAGUUUGACAAACAACCAAGUCAUUUCUUGAACAGUUCCAUUUCACUUGGUGUCCUUCAUGGGUGGGAAUGGGGAUCCAAACUUCCAGGGCAUACAAAAACCCAAAGUUCACAGGUUCCUAAUGUAGUAUGUCAUAAUGCUUGCACAGAAAUUGGAACUUGCACAGAAAUUCAUAUACGUGUUCACCUCCACUUCACUUGCAAUGCCUAAUACUAAGAAAUACUAUGUAAAUACUAAGAAAAUAGCACUAAACAGGAUGGCUGAGGGAAUGUAACAAGGAACACUAUUGCACACAUUUAGUCUCCUAGAUACUUUUCAUCUGUGAUUGUAUAAAUGCAUGGCUACAGAACCCAUGAAAAACAGAAGGGCAACUGUGUUCAUUCUCCUAAAUACUUCUCAGCUCUAAUUGUACAAAUGCAUGGUUGCAGACCCCAUGGAUAAUGGAAAGGCAACUUUGUUCGCAAGGACAAAGAUUUUGUUCCAUCUGGUGACUCAAACUAGUGGCACAGGUUCUAUUCUGACAACAGUCACAAAUUCAACACAAUACUUUUUGAUUAUGUGUUCUACAACAAGCCUUUUAUUCCUGCAUGAGAUCAAAACAUUAGACACAGCUUUCGCUCUCCAGAACUCCAAGAAUAGGAGAGAAUGGAAAUAAAGCUGUCACCAUGCACUAAGCUAAAUGAGAUGCACCAUAUGAACAGAAGUUAAGGUGAGUGCCCACUUUGAGAAGACAAGAAAAGCCAUGGAAAAGGCUGUUAAAAACCUAGACAUGGCGCUUGGGAUUUUUGCCUAGAACAGUUCCAGGAGCAUCAAAAGAUAUUCUUAUUCGAAUAACCACCGUGUGGAAUGGAUAUUUGCCGAUGCCCAUUUCCCUGAUAAGAAUUAAAAUAUUGAAGUCAGCACUGUUAAACACAGCUAGAAAGUGAGAGAGUGCAGAUGAGCAAAUAUUCUUACAGUGAGCAAGAAAAUGGCCCCUUUUAAAAAGCCUGGACCUGGAGAGCCAAAAUGGCGGCGCCAGGAAAGCACUGUGUCUGAGAAGCGGGACAGCACUCUCUGUGCAGCGACCAGGAGACUGAACUCUGGGCCCUAAAACUACAGCGAUCAUGUUUCCCAGGUGAGGGGAGGCUCCCACAGCGUGGGAAUCGGUCGGGUCCACUCUCAGCUGCCCAGCCAGAACCCGGAAGAGAACCCAGCUAACUCGGGCUUUGGGUCUCCAGGCUGGUGCCGCAAGCCUGCGUGUCCUGAUCACUUUCCCAGGGUGAUUGGUGGGCACAAGGGUGCCAGAGACUGGGAGUGCCAGUCGCAAGAAAACCCCACGGGGAAGCAAAGUUGCGAGUCUGAUCACUGGUCACCCAGUCUUUCCCUCGAAGGUCUCUCGGACCGUGGAUACCCGCCGCCAUCACAACUGAGCUCCCGCCACGCAGAGAGCAGCUGCGUGCCCAGCUCACGGGUACAGACAAGCUGCGUGCCCCAGUGCAACAGAGACUGAGAAUCCCUGUCUGGAGAGGGACCCAAAGGGAAGGAAGAAACCGUGCUGCUGGGGUCAGCUAGGCUUUGCCUGGGGAAAAUCUCGCAGACCGCAGAUCACAAACAGGCGAGUACGCCCAGCCAUCAUGGAUCCGGGCCCAAGCAGGGAGCACAGAGGUAUUGGGAACCCAGCUCCCGCAGACUAGCAGGCGGGUGCAUGCUCCGCCAGCCCAGAGGCCUGCUUUGUACCAACUACUUCUUACAGACAGGACUGUGUGCCCCAGGACACCAGAGUCUUGGAGUGACUGUCUGGAGAAACCCUCACAAGGAACAAGGAACAAAGCAAAGGGGAUGGUCUUAGGCAACCCAGUAUAUCCCCGGAAAAGGUCCCACAGACUGGCCCAACCCAGGGAACUGUGGUGCCCCAGAUAGCCUGCUGUUACCAGGAGAGCAGUACUCACCCACCACAGAUUACCUCUUGGGUUCUGGGGCACAGAGCCCCAACCUCAGACCUACAAAAGACCGGGAACCCUGAGAUCAACCCCCAGAUACUGCUCCAAGGGGCAACCAGUUAUCCCUAGCAAAACCAACCAAACCACGGGACACACAGUUUACAGAAGCUAAUCACUAAAUUUACAGCAAGAAAACCAGAAGGAGGGCAGCUGUCUCCAGGACUUCUCCCGGGGAGAGGAGAGCCCUCUCAACUAAUCAGGACCACAGUUACCACCCAGGUCUCUAUGCCUGAGGUGAGCUGUAGCAACUCCUGAAAAACACCGGCCAUCCAGUGACUAUACCCAAAAAGCUGAGAAGGCUUCCUUCAGGAAAAACCAUCUUUCUGCCAAAGGGAUUCUCUCCACCACAGGAGUCCAGGAACAACCAGAAACUAACUUCAAACACCCAAGAUAGCCCAAUGGGUAGAGGACAGCAUAAAAGUUCAACCAACAAAAGCCAGAGCAAUAUGGCAUCUCCAGAACCCAGUUAUCCAGAAGCAAAUAGCCCUAGACACCCCAGCAUAAUUGAAAUUCAAGAAGAUGACCUAACAUCUAUGCUCAUGAAGAAGAUAACAGAGGAAACAAAUAAAAUACAGAAAGAAAUAGAGGAAGCUGCAGCCAAACAGUUUGUGGCCUUUAGAGAGGAAAUGCUUAAAUCACUGAAUGAAAUAAAAGAAACAGAGGAUUGUUCGAACAAACAGCUGAAGGAAUUGAUGGAAAAACAUGUGAAAAUACAGUCAGACAGGUGAAGGAAACCAACAAAAUGGCUCAAGACCUGAAGAUAGAAUUGGAAAAAUUAAAAAAAAACACACACAAAUGGAAGAAAUUGUGAAGAGAAAGAACUUAGGGAAGAAAGCAGGAACUACAGAGGUUAGCAUAACCAAUAGGCUACAAGAAAUGGAAGAAAGAAUCUCAGAUGUAGAAGAUACAAUGGAAGAAAUAGAUGUAUCUGUCAAAGAAAAUGUUAAAUCUAAAAAAUUCCUGACACAGACCAUCCAAGAAUUUCAAGACAACAUAAAAAGACAAAACCUAAGAAUAAUAGGCAUAGAGGAAAAAGAAGAUUCCCUGCACCAAGGCCCAGAAAAUAUUUUCAACAAAAUCAUUGAAGAAAAUUUUCCCAACUUAAAGGAGAGGCCAAUAAGAAUACAAGAGGCCUACAGAACACCCAAUAAAUUAGACCAGAAAAGAAAAAGAAAAUCCUCCUGCCACAUAAUAAUCAAAACCAUAAGUGUACAGAACAAAAAAAAAAAAAAAACAAAACACUAAAAGCUGCAAGAGAAAAAGGCCAAGUAACAUAUAAUGGCAAACCCAUUAGAAUCACACCUGACUUCUCAACAGAGACUAUGAAAACCAGAAGGGCCUGGACGGAUAUCAUGCAGACCCUAAGAGAACACAGAUGUCAGCCCAGGCUACUAUACCCAGCAAAACUCUCAGUCCUCAUAGACAGAGCAAGAUAGUCAAUGACAAAAACAAAUUUCAACAAUACCUACAAACAAAUCCAGCAUUACAGAAGACACUAGAGGGGAAAAUACAACCCAAGAAAACUAGAUACAUUCAAGAAAACAAAGGAAAUAAAUAACCUCACUUCAGUAAAACAAAAGCAACCAAGCACACAACCUUAUGACUACAGCCAACAUCAAAAUCAAAGGAUCUAACAGCCACUGGUCAUUUAUCUCUCUCAACAUCAAUGGACUUAUUUCUCCAAUAAAAAGACACAGACUAACAGAAUGGAUGCGUAAACAAAACCCAGCAAUCUGUUGUAUACAAGAAAUACACCUAAGUCACAAAGAUAGACAUUACCUGAGGGUAAAGGGAUGGAAGACUGCUUUCCAAGCAAAUGGAUGCAAGAUGCAAGCAGGAGUAGCCAUUCUAAUAUCUGAUAAAAUAGACUUUCAACCAAAAUUAAUAAAAAGAGAUGGGGAAGGACACUUCAUAAACAUCAAGGGAAAAUUCCACCAAGAAGACAUCACAAUCCUGAACAUCUAUGCCGCAAAUACAAGGGCACCCACAUUUGUGAAAGAAACAUUGAUAAAACUUAAACCACACAUAGAUCCCCACACACUAAUAUAGUGGGAGACUUCAACACCCCACUCUCAACAAAGGACAGGUCAACUAAACAGAAAUUAAACAAAGAAACAAUAUCUCUAACAGAGGUCAUGAAUCAAAUGGACCUAACAGACAUUUACAGAACCUUACACCCAAAUACAAAAGAAUUUACCUUCUUCUCAGCACCUCAAGGAACCUUCUCCAAAAUAGACCACAUAGUUGGUCACAAAGCAAGCCUCAACAGAUACAAGAAGAUUGAAAUAAUCCCUUGUAUCCUGUCUGAUCACCAUGGAAUAAAGCUGGACCUCAAUAACAACAGAAAUAGCAAAAAGCCUACACAUACAUGGAAACUGAACAACUUGCUACUAAAUGACAGCUGGGUCAGGGAAGAAAUAAAGAAAUUAAAGUCUUCCUAGAACUCAAUGAAAAUGAAGACACAACAUACCCAAACCUGUGGGACACAAUGAAAGCAGUGCUAAGAGGAAAGCUCAUAGCACUAAGUGCCUUCAAGAAAAAAUUCGAGGCAGCGCAUUCAAGCAACUUAAUGGCUCACUUAAAAACCCUAGAAAAAGAAGAAGCAGACACACCAAAAAGGAGUAGAUGGCUGGAAAUAAUCAAACUCAGGGCUGAAAUCAAUCAAUUAGAAACAAAUAAAACAAUUCAAAGAAUCAAUGAAACCAAGAUCUGGUGCUUUAAGAAGAUCGACAGGAUGGACAAACCCUUAGCCAAGCUAACUAAAAGGCAGAGAAACACCAUCCAAAUCAACAAAAUCAGAAAUGAAAAGGGGGACAUAACUACAGACACUGAGGAAAUCCAAACAAUCAUUAAGACUUACUUCAAAAGUCUAUAUGCAACAAAAUUUGAAAAUCUAAAUGAAAUGGACAAUUUUCUUGAUUGAUUCCACUUACCAAAGCUGAAUCAGGACCAGGUAAAUCAAUUAAAAAGUCCUAUAUCCCCCAAGGAAAUAGAAGCAGUCAUCGAAAGUCUCCCAUCCAAAAAGCCCAGGACCUGAUGGUUUCAGUGCAAAAUUCUACCAGACAUUCAAAAGAGCUAACUCCAAUUCUCUUCAAACUAUUCCACAAAAUAGAAACAGAAGGAACAUUACCAAACUCAUUCUAUGAAGCCACAGUCACCUUGGUACCUAAACCUCACAAAGACCCAACAAAAAAAGAGAACUUCAGGCCAAUCUCCCUUAUGAACAUUGAUGCAAAAAUACUCAACAAAAUACUCGCAAACCGAAUACAAGAACACAUCAAAGAUAUCAUCCACCAUGACCAAGUAGGCUUCAUCCCACGUAUGCAGGGGUGGUUCAAUAUACGGAAAUCCAUCAAUGUGAUCCACCAUAUUAACAAACUGAAAGAAAAAAAACCACAUGAUAAUCUCCCUAGAUGCUGAAAAAGCAUUUGACAAAAUCCAACAUCCAUUCAUGUUUAAAGUAUUGGAGAGAUCAGGGAUACAAGGCACAUAUCUAAACAUAGUAAAGGUGAUGUACAGCAAGCCUAUAGCCAACAUCAAACUGAAUGGAGAGAAACUUAAAGCAAUCCCACUGAAAUAAGGGACAAGACAAGGCUGCCCACUCUCUCCAUAUCUCUUCAACAUAGUGCUGGAAGUCCUUGCUAGAGCAAUAAGACAGUUGAAGGAGAUCAAGGGGAUACAGAUUGGAAAGGAAGAAGUCAAAUUAUCACUAUUUGCAGAUGAUAUGAUAGUAUACAUGACUGACCCCAAAAACUCUACCAGGGAACUCCUACAGCUGAUAAGCACCUUCAGCAAAGUGGCCGGAUACAAAAUUAACUCAAAAAAAUCAGUAGCACUCCUGUCUACAAAAGACAAAAUGGCUGAGAAAGAAAUUAGGGAAACAACACCCUUCACAAUAGCCACAAAUGACAUAAAGUACCUUGGUGUAACCCUAACCAAGCAAGUCAAAGACUUGUAUGAAAAAAAUUUCAAGUCUCUGAAGAAAGAAUUAGAAGAAGAUAUCAGAAGAUGGAAAGAUCUCCCAUGCUCAUGGCUUGGCAGGAUUAACUUAGUAAAAAUGGCCAUCUUACCAAAAGCAAUCUACAUUCAAUGCAAUUCUCAUCAAAUUACCAACACAAUUCUUUACAGACCUGGAAAGAAAAAUUCUGAACUUCAUAUGGAAUAACAAGAAACCCAGAAUUGCUAAAACAAUCCUCUACAAUAAAAGAUCUUCUGGAGGUAUCUCCAUCCCUGAUCUUAAGUUGUACUAUAGAGCAACAGUUAUAAAAACUGCAUGGUACUGGCAUAAAAACAGAAUGGUGGAUCAAUGGAACCGAACAGAGGACCCAGAAAUAAACCCACACACUUAUGGACACGUGAUCUUUGACAAAGACGCCAAAACCAUACAAUGGAAAAAAGAUAGCAUCUUCAACAAAUGGUGCUGGUCCAACUGGAUGUCUACAUGUAGAAAAAUGCAAAUAGAUCCAUAUUUAUCACCCUGCACAAAACUGAAGUUCAAGUGGAUCAAAGACCUCAACAUAAAACCAGACACAUUAAAUCGGCUAGAAAAAAAAGUGGGGAAUACCCUAGAACUCAUUGGUACAGGAGAAAACUUCCUGAACAGAACACCAACAGCACAGGCUCUAAGAGCAACAAUCAAUAAAUGGGACCUCAUGAAACUGAAAAGCUUCUGUAAAACAAAGGACACCGUCAUCAAAACAAAGCGACUGCCUACAGAUUGGGAAAGAAUCUUCACCAUCCCUUUAUCUGACAGAGGACUCAUAUCCAGUAUAUAUAAAGAACUAAACAAGCUGAAAAGCAGCAAACCAAGUAAUCCACUUAAAAAAUGGGGAACAGAGCUAAAGAGAGAAUUCUCUGUAGAGGAAUAUUGAAUGACAGAGAAACACUUAAAGAAAUGCUCAAGCUCAUUAGCCAUUAGGUAAAUGCAAAUCAAAACAACCCCGAGAUUUCACCUUACACCCAUGAGAAUGGCCAAGAUCAAAAACUCAAGUGAGAACACAUGCUGGAGAGGUUGUGGAGAAAGGGGAACCCUUCUCCACUGCUGGUGGGAAUGUAAACUUGUACAACCACUCUGGAAAUCAUUCUGGUGCUGUCUUCGACAACUAGGAAUAGCGCUUACCCAAGAUCCAGCCAUACUACUCCUAGGCAUAUAUCCAAAAGAGGCUCAAGUACACAAAAAGGACAUUUGCUCAACCAUGUUUGUAGCAGCUUUAUUUGUAAUAGCCAGAAGGUGGAAACAACCCAGAUGCCCCUCAACUGAAGAAUGGAUGCAGAAACUGUGGUACAUCUAUACAAUGGAGUAUUACUCAGCAAUGAAAAAUAAGGAAAUCAUGAAAUUUGCAGGUAAAUGGUGGGACCUGGAAAGGAUCAUCCUGAGUGAGUUGUCCCAGAAGCAAAAAGACACACACGGUAUAUACUCACUCAUAUAGACAUACAACAUAGGACAAACCCACUAAAAUCUGUGCAUCUAAAGAAACUAAGCAAGAGAGAGGACCCUAACUAAAAUGUUCAAUCCCCAUCCUGAAAGGCAAAGAGGAUGGACAUCAGAAGAAGAAAAAAACAGGAAACAAUCUAGGAACCUACCACAGAGGGCCUCUGAAAGCCAGAAGAAGAAAACAGGAAACAAACUAGGAACCUACCACAGAGGGCCUCUGAAAGCCUCUGCCCUGCAGACUAUCAAAGCAGAUUCUGAGCCUGAUGGCCAACUGUCAGGCAGAGUGAAUGGAAUUUUAUGUAAGAAGUGGGAAAUAGUAAGAGCUGGAGAGGACAGGAACUCCACAAGGAGAGCAACAGAACAAGAAAAUUUGAACACAGGGAACUUCCCAGAGACUCAUACUCCAACCAAGGACUAUUCAUGGAGAUAACCUAGAACCCCUUCACAGGUGUAGCCCAUGGCGGUUCAGUGUCCAAGUGGGUUACCUAGUAAUGGGAAGAGGGACUGCCUCUGACACAAUCUGAUUGGCCUGCUCUUUGAUCACCUCCCCCUGAGGGGGGAGCAGCCUUACCAGGUCACAGAAGAGGACAAUGAAGCCACUUUUGAUGAGAACUGAUAGACUAAGAUCAGAAAGGAGAGGAGAACCUCCCCUAUCCGUGGACUUGGGGAGGGGCAUGCAUGCAGAAAGGGGAGGGAGGGUGGGAUUGGGAGGGGAGGAGGGAGGGGCUUAUGGGGGGAUACAAAAUGAAUAAAGUGUAAUUAAUAAAAAAUUAAAAAAGUUAAAAAAAAAAGCCAGGACCUUCAUUCGAACACCCCUCUUUUCAGGCCUCUGGAAUCCUAUUAAAAGGAAUGUUUUCUGCAAUAUGCUGCUCAUCUUGAAAUGUAAGGGAUAGCACUGCACUUCCUGUAUGAAUUACUAGAUUUUUCUCACUCUUUAGAUAGUGACUGUCACAAGCUCUUCUGUGUCUUUUAACCUUUAGUGAAAUCUAGCUUCAUUGGUGAACCAGGGGGAAAGCAAUGAGAGUCUUGCCAUCUUAAGAAACUAUGUAGCUUUACAUUAAACCCAGCACCAAGCAUGUUCUGCUUCUUUUUCCAUAUCUCUCACUUUUAGUAGUUUAAUUAGAAAUAAAAUAUGGAUAAAAUGUACAGUACUCUCUUCCGACAUCCACAGGACCACUUGGUGUACAUACAAACAUGCAGACAAACUCUCACAUACAUAAAAAUACAUUUAAAAAUAAGGGUUUGCUUAGUUGCUCAGAUGACUCUGUCUAUGUGGACUUAGUUUCCCCUGAAUAUCCUGGUCUAAGAAUAAUAUCACACAUCUGCCCACACCAGCCAGGCCUGUCUGUGCCUUUUUUUUUUUUUUUUUUUGUACUCCAAGACUAUGUGUAGUUGACUAGGACAACAAAUUUUUAUGGUGUGCCCUGAAAGUUUUACACUGAAAAGUGAGGUACCAAAACCCUUCAGAUAUGGUUCUUUCCCAUAGAGAUAAAGGAUGCUUGAGUAUCUACACCGAGAAUAGCAACAAGAUUAUCAGUAAAUGCAUUGGAUGGUACAAGUUCUGACUAUACUUCUUCCAAGUCUGACUCUCAUCUAUGUGCUUAAGUGUGCACCUCCUUGUCAAUAUCUGAGGCCUCAUAAAUAUCAAGCUCGGGCAGAAGGUCCUUCUAAGUCCAUCAUGUGAUUGCCCUUUAUAAUUAGAUAGUGUUCCCUCUUAUUUGUGUCCCUCGUGGAACUGUAAUUCUUUAAGGAUCUGGGCUCUGUGAUCCAUGUCUUAUGUGCCACGUUUCCUGACAUUUACUAAGUAUAAUUGGCUGGAUGGGAGCCAGCCAGAGCCUCAACUAGAUCCUUCAGUCAAACACCAGCAGCCUCAAGUCAGACCAGAGUCACUGCCUAUGCUGUCGCUGUUUCUAUGACAAAUGCAGACUUGACAGGAACAAGGAGCAGAACUUCUGCGGGCCAGUCAGAACACAGUCACAGGAAGCUGCGGCAAGUGCUGGCCGUGUGGCAUAGGCCACACCAAUGGUGAAAAGCUGGAGCAGGCAAGCAUUGCUUUUACUAGAGAAUAUUUCCACAGAGAGUGGAAGAUAAUGCCCUUUAGUUCAAGAAAGAGAUGUUGCAAUCAUCGAGAGUCCUUUUCUCUCCCUCUCACAGUACCCUGCAAUUGACAUUACUCCAUUUUGGAAAGCAAAAUAUCCUUAAGUAGCAUUUCCAAUAUUAUUUCAUCAAAAUUGAAAGAGUCAUCUAGAUCUGAAGGUCCUAUGUAACCCCAUACUUCAUUCAAGCAAACUUCCUUUUUAAAAUCUACCUCUCUCAAGCCUGAGUAUGAAAAUGUGCUGCAGAGGAUAUAUGUUCAACCCAAGCUAUUCUUUCGAAAUAAGUGUCUUCCAUGUUCUCUUUGGCGAGAACAUCUUGUACAACACCUGAGGCCACAGUUUACAGUAGAAGCUGCUGCUUUCUGGUUGGGAGAAUGGAACCAGCUUCCCCUCAAGGAAUGGUGGACAUUUUAGAGACUGGAACUGCCCUUUGGAGGACGUACUUACACACAUGAAAUCCACCUGUCAUUUAGAAUCUCAAAAGAAACAGCUUUCUGUGGCCAGGAACUGGACAUCUCCUCCUCCUCCUCCUGUAAUGUUUUUUUUUUUCCCUUGGCCUCACAGUGCCCUUCUCCUUAAAAUGUUAAUCCAUGCUUGAUAUUUGUAUUCUGCAAUUCCUGCUGAUACUGUUGAUUAACACAGGGCACAGUAUAAAGAAACUAAAAAGUAAAUCACAAUAGAAAAUUUGAACAGAAGAGAUCAGGCUUUCUAACCAUCAUUGUAUGGGCCUAUAGAAUAACUAAAUGCUUCCCCAAAGACCAGCUUUCAACUGCCUACAUUCUGCAACCAAAUCCUCAUAGUCACCCUAACAAAGGUUAAAUUAGAAAUGAAGAGACUGGUUAACUAUCUGGAUUUGGUAGUCUCCCUAUCCCUUCUGCUUGUGGAAAUGAAAAAAUGGCUUUCUUUAACACAAAAACAAAGAAGAAUCCAAUUGAUAACGAGACUACAGAAACCUGGACCCCCUUCUCCAAGAGAUUUCAUUUCAGUAGUGCACAAUGGAAACAAAUUGAGGAAAGCAUUCACAGGGAAUUCUGAUGCACCCUUGAGGCAAAUUAGUGCUAACACAAUAUUCAUAUUAUAAGUAAAAGAAUAAAACAAAACAGAGCUAAAGAGUUAAGAGUUAAAGAACUCAGGUCAAAGUCAUCUAUCUGAUCAUCUUAAGAUAAUGAAUGACUUCAUCCUUAUUACUUAGUGUUACAUAGUAUUAUAUAAACACACAGAUUAUCCAAGCAUUGACAAAAACAAGAAAAUAUACUAUAAAAGUAAAUCGCGACUGGAAAGGUAACUCCCUAGGCAAGAGCACUCUCUGUCCUUUUGCAGAGGAUCUGAGCUUGGUUCUCAGCUCCCACAUGGUGGCCUAUAACCACUUGAAACUCCAGUUCCACAGGAUCCAACACUGUCUUCUGGUCUCUGUAGGCACUUCACACAUAUGGUGUAUCAAACAUACACUCGGACAAAACACUUAGGCACAUAAAGAAUCAAAAUAAAAAGUCUCUUGAAGGAGAAUUUGUGGUCUUGGAAUAUGGCUCAGUAACAGGGCAUUUGCCUGGUUCAACUCUGAGUAAAAUUAAUUGAUUAAUUAAUUAAUGUGAAAUUAUACAAAGAACAUGGGGUUUUUUUCAUCUUGUAAAAAUAAAUCCAUCAAAGUUCACUUAACACAACUUGAAACACACCAAAUCCUCAGCUUCUAAAAUAGAUAGCUGACAGGUUAGAGAGGUGACUCAACAGUUAAAAGCACUUGUUGUUCUUGCAGAGAACUAGAGUUCUGUCUUCAGAGCCCAAGUCAAACAGCUCACAAUAGCCCAGGCUGAUUGUCAGCUGGGAGUACAGAACAGAGGCUCUGUACUUGCUCUAUAAUCCUCAAAACUGCAGCUUCAGGGAGUGUGAUGCCCUCUUCUGGCCUCCCGGUAAAUACACACACAUGAACACAAAUGUACACACAAACACAUACAUAAAAAUAAAAUAAACCAUUUUUUUUAAUGUGCAGCCGUUCUCCUAACUGUUUCCCCAGUGCCCCAAAAUAAGCGAAGGUCCUCUAACAAUCAGAUGAAAAACACAAUUUUCUUAAGUAUUUACCAAGUCCAUGGGCCUAUAGCUUAGAACUUUAAAUUUAAAACAAACAACAGGACUGAAGACCACAUUAGCGAGUUUUCACAAACAAAAUGUGACAGAAUUACAAGGAAAAAUAUACAUAUCUAAAGCAGCAUACUUAAAACAUAUCUCAGUAGUAAGCAAGCAACAGAGUGCAAGAUGUGUUUAUCUAAUAUUAAUUUACAUUAGAUAUAAAAUCUUUUCCAAAAAACAUGUAAUAUUUUCAUAUAAACAUAUAAAAUGAUCAUGUACAAGAUCAGGAAGAAACUCUUAGGAAACUUUAGAGAGCUGGCUUAGGAAGUAAAAGUCCUUAUCACCGACUUGCCUGGUGAGCUGAGUUCCUGGGACCCACAUGGUGGAAAAAGAAAACCAUCUCCUACAAGCUGUUCUUUUGACUUCCACAUGCAUGUGGUCACACAUUUGUGUACACACAUGGACACACACACAAAUAAAGUUAAGUUUAAAAUAUAGAAACAGACGUUUUGAUGGAUCUGCAGCCUGUAGACCACAUUCUCUAUCAAUUAACUACAAAUGAAAGCCCCUCUGCCCAGUGAAAAAUAAUAAUUUUAGUCCCACAGAACUCAUAACUCAAAGAUUAGGUCAAGUGGGAAAGCUUAGCUGGUAUUCAGUAUUUAAAACAUGUCAAUGGUGUGGAAUUCAGCUGUGACUUCAGAAUCCUGACUUGAAUGCUUUCGAUAAAACAGCAGUGAAAAGUUUGCAUGAAGAAAUGAUUCUACUUAGUUUGCUGAAGGAAGAGGCAACAGGAGCUUAAGGGCUUUGGGGAAAGCAUAGUUUGGGUGGUUUUUGUUUGUGGGGUGUCAAUAUUUUCUGAGAGAUGACAUGAAGUGUGCUGGGUGGGGACAGGGAGGAUCUGGGUAGAAUUGGGGGGAAUGGAAAAAUAUGACUAAGACACA